UUUUUGUAUCUGCAGAGCGAGUCAGUCAAAUACUUCCUGGAUAACUUGGAUCGUAUUGGUCAAAUGAAAUAUAUCCCCAGCAAGCAGGACAUUUUGUUUGCGCGAAAAGCGACAAAAGGAAUUGUGGAGCAUGACUUUAUCAUAAAAAAGAUUCCUUUCAAGAUGGUGGACGUCGGAGGGCAGAGGUCCCAGAGGCAGAAGUGGUUUCAGUGUUUCGACGGGAUCACAUCCAUACUCUUCAUGGUGUCAUCGUCAGAGUACGAUCAGGUCUUGAUGGAGGAUCGAAGGACAAACCGUCUGGUCGAGAGCAUGAAUAUCUUUGAGACAAUUGUCAACAACAAGCUUUUCCUCAACGUGUCCAUCAUCCUCUUCCUCAACAAAACAGACCUGCUGGUGGAAAAGAUUCGCAAGGUGGAUAUCCGCAAGCAUUUCCCCGACUACAGGGGAGACACGCGGAGGCUAGAGGACGUUCAGGCGUUCCUGGUGCAGUCGUUCAGCCGUAAGAGGAGGAACCGGGGGAAGCCGCUCUUCCAUCACUUCACCACUGCGAUAGACACAGAAAAUAUCCGCUUUGUCUUUCACGCUGUCAAGGACACCAUCCUGCAGGAAAACCUCAAAGAUAUCAUGCUGCAGUGAACUUCACACUGACUGUAAACUGUGAAACCAGCCAUGCAUCCAGGCCUGGAGGACCCCCCCGGCCCCCAGGUGCUGAUUAACACUGACCUGUGGAGCAGUCUGUGGAUCGAACUGAACUCUGAACCUGUGGAGCCCCGAGGUGACUCUGGACCUCUUGGCCUACCCUGUGGAAACUGUGAGGGUCGUAGGGGACAAGACCCUGCAUUUAACCUGUAUAACUGUAUGUAUGCCGGAAAGGCAGCCGACCUGUUGUAGCUCUCAAGUGUUCCCGCCUUUAUACACAGCUUAGAAGAUGUUGGUAGCACUUUCUAUAAAGCCCAUGUUUAUAAUGCGUUAUAAAUAUAUACUGUAAUGAAUAAUAAUCUGAUAUGAUCAUACUUAUAAACACUCAUAAAUAUGCAGAAUGCUUUUUAACAAUAUCACAGAAUAAGGCAAUAUAAUAAACCAUGAUGUCAAGUAUAAUUUAAAGCAAGCAAUGACCACUAACUUAUUAUUGUAUUAUAAAUCAUUAUCACAGUGAUUAAAAUGCAUUAUAAAUAUAUUUCAACUAGGAUAAUUAUAAUAAAUUUUGCUCCUCAAGAAAAGGUCGGUAAACGGAAAAUAUGAAAUAUUAUAAUAAACUUAUGGUCUAUGCGUAUUGAUAUAAAGCAUUAUGAAUAUGUUUGAGUGCUUAAAACUAUAAUUAUAAAAAGCUAUAAGCAGAUUUUGAUUUAAAGACAUGGGUGUCAGGAAAGUGUUUUAAAAAAGAGGAAAAUAUGAACUACACCAACAACAUGCCAUGAGCACUGAAAGUGUUCUUUUUUCUUAGAUGUAUAUAUUUGUAUAUAUAUAUAUAUAAUGACAGCCCUGUCACUAAACCUAAAAGUCAGACUGCUGCCGGUUGUAUCUGGAUGAAGCUGUGUGAGCGAGAAGCCGGAGGGAAGAGAGAGGAGAGACAGAAAGAUUUAGGAAAGUUUAGAGCGACCUGAAGGAUGCCUUGUCCUGAUGUGCACGUGAUGCGGAGGGGGGUGAGGGUUUGGGCCCAGACUGGUCAUAUGCUGUGUUAUGUGAUAAGGUUGCACAAGUGUUUCUGUCAUUGACCGUAAACAGAGGAAAGACAUGAUUCUCUAUCAUGCUUCCCGCUCUCUCCUGAGCUAUCUAUCUUUACCUCUCCUUCCCUGCUUGUGUUUAUUAACCCCCACGCGCCAUCAUACAAGGCAUGAACAGCUGCAGAUAACAAGUCUUAUCCCUCCUAACCCAUAACUCUCCUCUCCUCUGCANACACA